CCGCUUUGCUUUACCUAAUUUCUAUUCGUGAUACCCCGGAGACCCGCAAUGAGGCCUUCCACUCUCUUCAUAGGCGCACUGGGCCUCCUGUCGCCCAUCACAACCUCCGCUCUCGAGUUGAAUGUCGACGAUCCAGCCUCGAUCAAGCAGGCCACCAAAGUCGUCGCUGCCGGUCUGCGAGAAUGGUACACCGGUGACCGACCCGGAGACGUCCCGGGAAACUUGCCAGACCCCUACUACUGGUGGCUCUGCGGAGCCAUGUUCGGUUCCUUUGUCGAUUAUUGGUACUACACAGGCGACGAUACAUACAACAAAAUCACAACACAAGCACUCGUGCACCAGAUAGGCCAGCCCAAGGCAUUCAUGCCGCCCAACCAAACAAGUACUCUGGGAAACGACGACCAAGCCUUCUGGGGAAUGACGGCCCUGUCAGCGGCCGAGAACAAAUUUCCAGAUGCCGAGGGAGAGAUGUCGUGGUUGUCGCUCGCCAUUGCAGUCUUCAACACGCAGGUGCCGCGUUGGAACAACAAGACGUGUGGCGGCGGGCUCAACUGGCAGAUUUUCCCAUUCAACAAAGGCUUCGACUACAAGAACACAAUCUCCAACGGUGCUUUUUUCAACAUUGCGGCGAGACUUGCAAAAUACACCAAAAACGACACGUACACCGAGUGGGCAAAAACGGCAUGGGAGUGGGAACAGUCUAUUGGCUUGGUUGACAAGGACUACCACUUCUACGAUGGAAGCAGUGAGAAACAAAAUUGCACCGAGAAAAACCAUAUUCAGUGGACCUACAACGCAGGCAUCCACAUGUCGGGUGCUGCGGCAUUAUGGAACAUGUCCGAAGCGCAGGGUAAUACCGCGCAAGCAGCCUAUUGGCGCAAACAUUUGGACGGAAUCAUUGACAAUAUCGGCAUCUUCUUUAGCCCGGAUGGUGCACCAAACGUCAUGACCGAAGCAGCCUGCGAGCGCAACGGACUAUGCGAUCAUGACCAACGGUCAUUCAAGGCCUAUCUCGCCCGCUGGAUGGGCUACACCAUGUUGAACGCCCCCUACACCCGGGAAAAGUUGAUGCCGAAACUGAAAACUUCGGCCGCGGCAGCAGCGGCACAGUGUAGUCCAGGAAAAGGCGGAUGUGGUCUUCGGUGGUGGCAAGGCAAAAACGAUGGACAAGUCGGUGUCGGAGAGCAAAUGUCCGCAAUGGAAGUAAUGCAAAACCUGCUCAUCGACCAAGUCGCCGGACCGGUUGGUUUGGACACAGGCGGCGUUAGUAAGAACGAUCCCACCGCUGGAACUGAUCCGGGUCCUCUCAAGAUCCAGCACGGUGCCAUCAAGACAGGGGACAAAGUCGGUGCAGCAUUUCUCACCGUUCUGGUCGCUGUCAUAUUUUUUGGCGGCGGUUGGUGGAUGACGACAGUUGAAUAGUUUUGC